ACCACAAGACCGGUACACUAUGGUGUCCUGCUCUUCCCAGGAUUUCAAGCCCUCGAUGUCUUCGGUCCGCUAGAUGUCUUCAACUCGCUCUUUAUGCUCUACCACUUCCCCACGAAGCUGACUAUGCUUGCGAGCUCAUCCGAAGCGGUGGCUACUUCUCAUCAGCGGGCUGGCAAUAUGAUGGGAUCUCACCCGGAGACAGAUUUUACCCAAAGUAUGAUCGUAGACCGGACGUUUGAAGAGCAGCUCAAAAUCCAAGAGUCGGUCAAAAAGGGAGAGGAAAGCCCCGAUGCUAUCGAUGUUCUCAUUGUGCCUGGCGGAGUCGGCACACGCGGGAGUAUGAGCGCUGAGAUUGAAUUCGUCAAGAGGAUGUAUCCCACGCUCAAAGCUGUCCUCUCUGUUUGCACUGGGGCGACUAUCUUAGCGCGAGCGGGCAUACUUGACGGCCGUCGCGCUACCACAAACAAGCGUGCAUGGACAUGGGCGACCGGAACUGGACCGAAGGUAAACUGGGUGGGUGCUGCUCGCUGGGUGGUUGACGGCGACAUUGUCACUGGAUCAGGGAUUAGUGCGGGCAUCGACGCUACGUAUGCUUUUGUGUCGAUACACUAUGGGGAGAAGAUUGCGCAGGAAUUGGCUGAUAGUGCGGAGUACGUUCGUUGGACAGAUCCAGACCAUGACCCAUUUGCUAAGAGGUGGAAUGUUGCUGGA